CACAUUUAUUUUAUAUAUUAAAAUUAUAUUUUUAUGAUCAAUAUUUAAAAAAAUCGGAUUUUAUCAUUCUAUUCGUUUUGAAUAAAUUAAAUAAUUUUAAAUAUGAACAUUGAAUUAUUGACCUUAAUAUUUUUUACUAAAAAUGUUUUUUUUGAAGUGGGACUUGUUAAUUGUUUUGUAGAUCCAACAAAGUAUACAUUAUAUUUCAAACAAGUAACUUGUCACGUUUGUCAUCAAUUAAAAAAAUUGAACCUGGAACACUUCUCAUUAUUGAUUGAAGAUGAUAACGUUAUAAGUAUAAAAGAUGUUAUAGAAACUGAUUUUAAUUUUAUUCACGAUUUAACACCUCUAUAUUAUAUUGUGGUUAAUUUAAUUAAUUACUUGUUUGCUCAAGUGCUAGAAAUAUUCAAUGAACACUUGAAAAUCAUUGUAGAUGUUUGUGAAUAUUCUUAUGAAAAUAAUUUAUUUGAAAAUGCAAUUUAUUGCACAGUAGUACUUUUAAAUACAACAAAAAAUUCAAAUAUGAUGUUUGAAUAUUUGUACGAAUCUAUAAGAUUUAUUGAUUACUUGGAUGUAAAAUUAGGGUUGUCGAGAUCAUUACGUUAUCCAAAAACGAUAAUAGAAGAAAUUUACACCGUUAAAAAUUAUAUUUUUUUAAUGAAAACAUCAGAAAUGUUAAAUUAUGUUGAUAAUGACGGAAGCAUCAAAACUCAAGAAGCUAAACAAGACUGUAAUGAAAUAAAUAAUUUUUUUAAUAAAGUAGUAGCUAUAACAAAUGAAAUUUUUAUAUUCGAUAAUACUAUUACAAAUAGAUCAGAGAAAAUUAAUUUCAGAGAGGAAUACUAUGGUGAAUACAUAACUAAUAUGUACCAAAUGAAUUUUGUCGAUUUUGUUAGAGAAAAGUUAUAUGGUUAUUGUUUAAAAACAAUUGAUAACUAUUAUUUCAAAAUUGGGUUUGAUGUUUUACUUAACCCUAAUACUGCUGAGCUCAUACCCCCUCAAAACUACAACUUUAUUCAAAAUAAAUCAAUUAAAAUACUAAAUACUUUAUUCCAUGAAGGAAAAUGGAAUCUUUUGAAUUACAUAAGAAUAAAAGUUGAUGAAAAAACAAUCACUGUUAAUCGAAUUGUUAGAGACACUGUAGAUAAUUUUAAUUUUAAUCUAAAAAAAAAAUACUUUACACAACUGAUAAGGUGCAAAUAUAAUGAAUUAUUGAAAAAUUAUAACACGUAUAUGUCUGCUGUAAUACGAUCAUGCAGAUAUGAAAAUCAAAAUUUAAAUGGCUUAAAAGAUUGUAUUAUUCGAUUUUUGUGUGAAGUUAAAAAUUCAAAAGAAAUGUUUAAAUAUAUGUUGUUAGCUUUAGAUAAAUUGAAAUCUGCAUCAAUUUGGGAAGUGACGCGUAAUUCAUAUGCAUGUUUAAAGCAAACUUAUGAUUUAUUAAGAAAUUUUUUCCCUGACAUUGAACAUCUUAGUUUAACGAGUAAUGAUUUUUCCGAUCUAUCUCCCGCUGAACAAAAAUUAAAAGCUAACGAUUUCUUAUUAAAUUUCCAAAAAGCACGACAUAAAUUUAAUCGAGUGUUUAUAGAAGGACGUUUUAGUAUUAAUGAAUUUUGCUUGAUUGAUGGUGAAUUUUUAAAAAAAAAUGACUUACUAUUGUCAUGGAAGAUUAUGGCUAUGUAUGAUAAUACUAAGAAUAAUAUCACAAGUCCAAUAUGUUUGUAUGAAUACGCUUUGGAUCAAUUUAGAAAGUUUUGUCAAGAUGCUAUAAAAAGUGAAUACGAUUAUUUAGGUUUCAAUAAAAUAAGUGAUUAAUUAAUAUAAGUAAGUAAUUAAUGAAAAUCUUGUAUUUUUAUUUU